GUCCCAUUUGGUUUGGUUUGUGCACGUUAUUGUAAAACAAAAAGGCUUUUUUUCCUUCUAACAGUCGCUUUUGUGGCGCGCAGGACACAGCGACGACAACUGCCGGGUCAUUAAAUAUCUCUGAGCCAGAUGAAGGAACGGCAGCGACGGCCAACACAACGCUUGUGCCCGAGCGCCCCAGUCCGGUUUCAGGAGUUAAAACAAUGAACCAAGUCCGUCGUUCUAUAGAAGUGGAUCCUGUUCCUGCCUCUCACUUAACCGUGGAAGGGCAUCGCACGUUCCUGGAGUGCACAUUCAAAGGCCCAUUUAACGUUAACGUCACUUGGAGAAAAUCUUGUUCCCCCAACUGCAGCCAGAUCAUUAACGCGACCAGCAAGAGCAACCCGGACAUCUCUAUGGAAGUUGGAGAUGGAUUUUCAAAACUCUACUUCAAUCCGGCCAAGAUCGGAGAUUCCGGCAUGUACUAUUGCGUUGUGAUGUCCUCUGACGACCACGGCCAGUCGUGUGGCACGUACCUCUGGGUCCGGAGACCUCCACCCACCUCCUUCCUGAAUAUAAGAGAAUCCGUCAAGAACAAGAUCAUCACGGCUGAGGGCUUCCUCCUACUCGUCUGUGCCAUCGGGCCGGGUCUUUUUCUCCUGUUGAGGAAGAGAUGGGAGAACGAGAGCCUGCUGCAGGCCAAGAAGAAAUACGAAGAGGAGAACCUGUACGAGGGACUGAACCUGGAUGAGUGCUCCAUGUAUGAGGACAUCUCACGGGGGCUGCAAGCCACCUACCAGGACAUAGGCAACGUCAAAGUGAUCGAUCUGCAGUUGGAAAAGCCAGAGAAACCGUGAUACCUUUGCCUUGCAUUCUGUUUCCAGAAGCCUACUACAAAGAAUCAUUUUUUUUAUUCCCAGAUCUUUUAACAGUAUCCUACAGACAAAGCAGGGGGGGAAAUAUGUAUUCUUCUCUCUUGGGUGCUGACAGUUUGUGUAACCAUUUCAGCUUUAUAAUAAGGAAGCUGAGGGAAAUGGUCUAAUGAUGGAGUAUCAAAGAUCUGGUAUUAAUAGGAGAACAUAGCAGAGGGGCUUCUUUAAUAUUUUAGUUCUCCCAGCAAAAUAUCCCAGUAAGAACUAUCUUGUUUGAAAUGUCCUUACUCUGUUUUCCAUUUAUGAUUCCCCAUGAACUGCUUCCUGAUUCUGAAGAAAAGGAUUCUAAGCCAUAAUAAUGCUGUUUGUUUCAAUGAUAUUCAGAGAAUGCAUCUGCCAAGCAUACAGGAUUAAUUCAAACUUGUCAGUGCUCCUGUCUCCCCUUCAGACAUAACAUUUGCAGAGCCAAGGAAGCUUUGAAAGUCCCCUUACUACAUGCAUCAUCCUUUUCUCUCUGGGAUCAUGUUAAAUGGUCCUACAAAUUUGCUGCAAAACCAAGCUAUGUUCAGCCUCUAGUGGGUAAUAUCUAUUACAUCAACCCGUCCCAGACCUGAAUCCUCC